GCCGUCGUUAAAAUCUCCGGCCAAUCCAAGAAGGAGAAGGCUAAAACCCCCGUCCACAAGGAUUCUGGCCCUAAUCCAACCUGGAAUUUCCCCGUAAAGUUCACAAUCGACGAUUCUCUUGCUCAACAAAACCGGUUAACCCUCGUCUUUGAGUUCAAAAACGAAGGUACCUUCAGCGAUAAGGAUAUCGGCGAAGUCAGCGUUCCCGUCAAGGAGCUUCUGGAUUCUUCCUCUAAAGGAGACGUCGGCGCCACCAUGAAAACUGUAACUUAUCAGGUCAGAACACCUUCGGGCAAACCUAAAGGUAUGCUUACUUUUUCGUAUAAGUUUGGGGAUUUGGUCGCUCAUGCGGCGGAGAAAAAGGUUGAUCAUGAGCCGGUAACCGCUUAUCCAGCCGUUGGAUCCAGUUCCGCGCCUUACGCUGGACACGCCGGAGCUUACCCACCUCCGCCAGCGGGAUACGGCUACCCACCGCCACAACAAUACGGUGGGUAUCCUCCGCAACAACCGCCUCCUGGAUACGGGUACCCACCACCUCAUCCGGGUUAUGGGUACCCGCCACAACCCGGGUAUGGAUAUCCACCGGUGCAGCAGCCACCAAAGAAGAACAGUAAAUUCGGGAUGGGAUUGGGAGCUGGGCUACUAGGAGGGGCUCUGGGUGGACUUCUGAUUGGAGAUAUGGUUUCCGACGCGGCGUCGUACGAUGCCGGUUACGACGCCGGGUUUGACGAUGCAGGUGGCUUUGAUUUUUAACUUUUUUUUUUUUUUUUUUUUUUUUUUUUUUUCCUUGUAUUGAUGUUUAUGGUCUGCGUUCGGAUUGUAUUUAGACGAUAUUAUCGAUUGAUCACGGCUGACUUUUUCUUCCCGUUGACCGUCUUUGUGUUUUUGGGGAAAGAAGAAGAUAUUAUUGUAAGUUUGGAUCUAAAUUAAUUUUAUUUUUUUA